AUGAAGACUGAGCCGGCUAAAGUUACAGUGUUUAGCACCUUAUUGUCUGCAGGGUCAAUCGCAGACACAUGGUGCAACAAACUCAGUGCCUCAGAUAAGAAUACAUGGGCAGAUGUGAAGACAGCUUUCAUGACCCGAUGGCCAGCUAUCACAGUAGCAGAAAAGACCGGACUUGACUACCAACAUGAAAUUUUAGCAUUAUGCCUAGUAGAAGAAGAACUCAGAGUGCAAGUUACCAUAGCAGAUGUCCCCACAUGGUCGCACCUCCAAUUCCACGCCAGUCUCCAACAACUCAUCAAUGAAGCCGGAACAGCCACCACAGCUGGACUCAUCUACCAAGUUCAUGAGAACCUACCAACAAUCAUGAAGGAACUCACCACGCCAGGCCUGACAGAUUGGAAGAAAUUUUUAGAGGAGAUUAAGGACAUUGACAUGAACAAGUUGCACAAGAAAGCGCAGGCGUCCCGGAUGAAAAAAGAAGUAGAGAAAGCCCAGAACGCCCAACUCACGUGGCUUGAGAACUCGCAAGCAGAAGCAGUCGAAAUUAUGUGCUUGCAACUUCAACAUGCAAACGUUGGACCUAUGCAGAAUGAACAUCCCAUUAUCAAUAAUUCCACUUCCAUGCCCUUCAACAAUGCUAUGGCCCGCAUACGCUACAUUACCAGAGAACCACCCCAGAAUGCUCGUCAACCCUUCCAUCAAUGUCAGCCUCUCACACCAGAAGAACAAGACAUGAUGUGA